AUGGUUAUGAGAUCGCACUUUCCUGCCAUUUCCCCUGUCUUUUAUGCUCUUCAACCCAUACUAUACUGCCCAGCCCAUCCCAGCCCAUCCCAGCCCAUCCAGCGAUCCCAUUCUGCACGUGCUGCCCAAAUCGACAGGGCCAAAUCGCACGCACUUCUGAUCCCGUCGUGGUACCAGUUUACUAACGAUGCGCGCCGCGCACCCCCGAACAGGUUCCUCUCCGACUCGAUUCGGCGACACGUCCUCGACCCGGCACUCGUACCCACGGCGCUUCGCAACCUCCGCGGGGCAUUGUUCCCCAACAACGCCAUGGGCACACCAACGCUCUUCCCGCCCGAGUCGGACGACGAACUACUCGCGCUGCGACGCAGGUGUGCUAGCGCGCUGUGGGCCCUUGUCCCCAGGGCGGCCGGCAGGCUGUUCUUUGGCGGCAGCGCGGCGUCGUGGUUGGCGCGAUGGCUCAAGGCCGACGCCUCGUCUCCCUCGCCGUCGCUGUUGCGGUCCGGUCCGGCCACCAACGCCAAAAGCACCAACAGCACCAGCGCCACUACCAGCGAGGCCACUGACACUGCUGCCGGUGAAGCUCGCCAACGGGCACAGGUCGAGGGCAGCGGCGGCGGCACAGGAGUGGAGCAGCAGCAGGACCCAGACGCGCGUAUCAUUUCCGAUAUCGAGACUGGCGUCCUGGACGUCUUCAGCGAUCCCUACUGCAACAAGCACCUCAUGUACGGCGCCUUGGAACUGGUCCUGGUCAGGCUCGUGCCGGAACUGGCCGAGAAGGGUGUCGUCGAGCUGUGGGAGGAGAGGUUGAGUUGA